CUGAGCCCUGUUGUCAUAGCAACUUCCUAGACACUGUCUGCCCCUUAAGUCAGGGAGGGGCUGUGAGGGGGGUUAGGGGAGCAGAUGGAGAGAAGGAGUCUGUGGACCCUUGGGUAUCCCUGGAAACCCCUCUGUUCCUAAAAUCCUGGGCUAGGGAACCUGAGAAAGAAGAACAGAGAGAAAUGGUCUGUUUCAGACCAAAGCAAAUGGUCUAUCUGGAGUUUGGCUCCCGCUCAGACAUGGGUACAGUAGAGCUUGGUACCCUGACUCCUGCCUGGAGACAGUGUCGGGGCUCCCCCUUGAACUGGGAAUAUAGUGCAGUGCACUCUUGCCUGCUGCUGUGACCCCACAUCUGAAUCCAAGGUGAUUUCCAUGUCUUGCUGUGGGUCUGGCUUUCCUAGAGCUGUCUGGAGUUUUCACAGCACAUCAGAUCCAGAGAGUGGAGGCCAAUGGCACCCUUCCCUUCCAAAUGAGGGAAGUGGGCAGGGCUGCAGGCUCCACGGCUAGCAGCUGCUAGGCUACCCGCCUUAUCCACUUCCUGUUGGCAGCAGGGGUCCAUGGGUGCCAGGCAGCCCCAGGAAGGCUGCUGCAGACCUUUCAGCUUUUGGGAGCCUGGAAAGAAGGAAGAUGACGCUUAAAGCUACCAUCCCCUCCCCCACUCAAGUUUAGCCAUUCAUUUCCGGUUUGGACUUUCAUGGCUGAGAACAGAGCCAAGCGCAGGGCAAGGUUUGACAGAGGCCAAGGACAACCCAGGACACCGUUCCCCUCUCCCCUGCAGAGGAACAAGACAGAACCAGAUGUGUCCAUUUUUCUCAGGGGUAACAGGAUUUGGGGGCUCUGUGUUGAGAGAAAACUCAGAGGAGCAGAUAAAGUGUUUUUACUGUUCUCCACCCUGGCCUUCCUUCACAGCUGUUCUUUCAGCUAAUUAACAAGCUCUGCGCUUUCUUAAACCUCUGGAGAGCAGGUGCCUGUUUGCAUGGGCCUGGGCCUUAACUCCUUCACCUCUGCCGGUGGGCAGUACUCUGGGUGCAUGAACCUCGUGUAGACUGUUCCACUGGGAAGACAUUCUGGGAGCUACGGGCAUCCUUGGCAGGGCAGGCCAACCAGAGGGACACCCUCUAGAGAAUCUUCCUACCUCCCACUGCCAAGGAGAGCAUCUGCAGACCUUGGCUAGUCUGGAGCAGGUGCCUUUAAAUGCUUCCGUGGCAACCAACUCCUUCCCCAACCCCCAGACCUCUUGGUAAAGAGGCACUUGUUACUCCAGCAAAGAGGAGAUUGCAGAUAGAACCCAGGGCUGCCUGGGAUGGACCUGGGGUCUGGAAGUAGUGAGUGUGAGGACGAUGUCACCUUCCAGCUGUGGCUACAACUGUUCCUCUGGGCCCAUCUGGCUGUCCGUUUCCUGGGUUACCUGCGCUGCACUUUCUGGGGACUAAAGCCUCAGUCAGCACCCUGAAUCCUGGCUGGGAACUGAUGGGCCCCAGUUUGCCCCAUGAUACCUAACCCCCAUGCCAUACUCUGCUGGGAGAGGCAGGCAGCAGGUGAGUGGGGGGGUUCCUGGUUUAGGUCUUGUUGUCCACCACCACCUCCUUCGCAUGUCCUGUUUUUUGAGAGGCCUGUCUUGUGCUUGACAUCCUUCUGUCUUAGCCUCCUUCUGGGAUGACAGCCCUGUAUUCAUUUGUGGUGUUGUGCUGGAAUGGAACUAGGCCUUGUGCAUCCUGGCAAGUGCUCUACCACUGAGCUCAGCUCCAGCCCCAUUCUCUCAAUACGGGUUCUUGCUAUAUAUCCUAGGUUGGCCUUGAACUGCCUUCGAUGUUGAUACUCUAAGUCUGUGCCAUCACUGUAACUUCGUUCCCCAUGGUACUGUCCCCCUGACCCCAAAUGUCUAGGUAUAUUGGUCCAUUUGCAUCCAUCCCCAUACUAACAGGCCUGAGUUGGGAGGACUGCUCUGAGUUCAAGGAAAGCCUGGGCUAUUUAGUGAGUCCCAUAUUAUACUAGGCUACAGUGUAAGAUCCUCUCAGAAAACCAAGAGAGGGCUUGAUGUAGAUGUGGUAGUACCUGCCUUUAAUCCUAGCCCUCGAGAGACAGGCAGAGGCAAAUAGGUCUCUGUGAGUUUGAAGCUAAUCUGGACUCACCACAUUGAGUUCCAGGACAGCUAGAGCUAUGUAGAGAAAGACCCUGUCUCAAAAGAAAAUAAAAAUCAAGAGAAACUAUUAAUCAUACUUCUCUAAGGGAACAGAACUGAUAGAGUGAGUAUUUAUAUAUGGGAUUUAUUAGAGUGGCUUAUAGUCUGUGGUUGGGGCAGUUCAGUCCCAAGAGUGGAUAUGUCAGCAGUCCCAAACUAGUGCUGGGGUUCUGGAAGAUUCCUGGACAGCUGGUGGUUUUCAGUCUGCACUGGAUACUGAAUCCUGAAGAAGUAGGUUUAGCACGAGCGAAGGAAUGCUUCUGCAGCAGGACAGACUAGUGCUAGUGCCAGUGCGAGUGAGGGCAAGUAGGCAAAGGGCAAAGUUGCCUUCUUCCAUGGCCUUUUAUGUGGGCUGUCACCAGGGGGUAUGGCCCAGAUUUAGGGCUGGUCUUCCCAUCUCAAAUAAUCCAAUUGAGAAAACCCCUCACCAGUAUGCCUGACUGCUGGGGUUUUAGCUGAUUCCAGAUAUAGUUAAGUUGCCGGCUAAGAUUGACCAUUAGAAAGAACGGCUGGCAUUUCUAUACCACAAACCUGGCACCAGGGCACCAGACCACUGCCCCAGCUCCUUUGCCAAUGUGGAAUUAGGACUCGUCCCACCAGCACCCUACAAAGUCGUCAUGGUUUUAUCCCCAUUUGCUCCUGGAGAAAACAGACCUAGAGAGAUGAGUUGUCCCAAGACAUACAGCUGGCCAGCAUCCAGACAGAGACUCUGAGUUCCCACCCUGAAGUCCUGACCCCAGCUGCCUCUAUAGCCACACACAACAGUGAACUGUCUUCAGGCCUUAUUUUUCUGAGUUAUUAAGUGGUUAAAACAGAUGUAAAGAAGGUGGUCAAACAAAUCAAAUAAGAGAAUGAAAUGGGUGCCCCAGCCAGUCACCAGGGACAGCUUCUACAUUAGGAGCUGAGAUGCUGGCCUCAGAAUGCUGUAGGCGCCUGGGAGGAGUGUGCCUGAAGGGAAGCACCCAGUGAAGCAGCUCAGGCGAGGAUUCUCCCCUCAGCACAGGCAGGCACAGAGCCAGCAAAGGCCAAGGUGACAGCUGAGCCCACCAAGGGCACCUGCUACACUAGCCCUGCAGGCUUUCACUAGGGCCCGGCCUCAACAGAGGAGCAGCCAGAUCAGAGGCUAUUAAUACCUCAGCUGGUACAACCCUGGCCAAGGAAUGUCAGUCAGUGCUGGGGAGAGCGGGGUGGGCUGGCCUGUGUGCCUCUCGGUCCUGUGUUCCCAAGUGCCUAUGUACCCUCUUCGAGUGUUACCAGAAUCUGAUACCUCUGUAAUUAGUGGAAUAUUGGGCCCCAGUCCAAUCAAAAUGUCCCAGGUUGCCUCUGGGAUCCCCCAAAGACAUUGGUAAAAUAUCAGAUUCUGGCUUGAAACAGCUGUACCCCACUUUCUACUAGAGUGGAAAAACUUAAUGUGCCUCGAAGCAAGGACUUUUCACCUAACUUUUGUCUCUCAC